AUGGCAGGCCAGGCCUUUAGAAAGUUUCUUCCCCUCUUUGACCGAGUCUUAGUUGAAAGGAGUGCAGCUGAAACUGUAACCAAAGGAGGUAUUAUGCUUCCAGAAAAAUCUCAAGGAAAAGUGUUGCAAGCAACAAUAGUAGCUGUUGGAUCGGGCUCUAAAGGAAAGGGAAAGGGUGGAGAGAUUCAACCAGUUAGUUCAGUUAGUGUGAAAGUUGGAGAUAAAAUUCUUCUCCCAGAAUAUGGAGGCACCAAAGUAGUUCUAGAUGACAAGGAUUGUUUCUAA